ACUCGUUCUUCUGAUCUCCACCACCGUGAUGGCACCUCAGGCUACUCACGAAAGCAAGCCCGCAGCCAAUUCUUCACCCCGCUCAGAGUCCCUGCCAGGUGUUCAAAAAAUCAAAUCUUCACUACGUCAAACACGACGAUUAUUGGCAAAAGAAAAUCUUGCAGCUGAUGUUCGCGUGGAGACUGAGCGAAGGCUGAAAGCGCUUGAAGCUGACCUUGCUCGUGCGGAAAUGGCAAGGAAGGAGCGAACGUAUGCUAUGAAGUAUCACAAAGUCAAGUUCUUUGAGCGCCAGAAACUGGUCCGUAGGAUCAAGCAAGUCAAACGCGACCUUACAUCUGCACAAGGAAAGGAGAGGGAAAAGCUAGAAGGCGAACUCGAAGGUUUGAGAGUGGACCUCAACUAUGUUCUGCACUACCCGAAGACCAAAAAGUACAUAUCACUUUUUCCUCCAGAAAGGCGACACAUCGAUUCCAUUUCGACAACUUCUGACGAUAAUGACCAACGCAUGACGAUCCGUGCUCUCAUCCAAGACCGGAUGCAGCGUAGCGAAAUUAGCAAACAACCUGAAAACGAGCUCGAGGCUGGUAGCCGAACAGCUGUUGAUAACCCAGAUCAUUCUCGGAGAAACGAAGGAAUAGAAUCAUCUCGUAGAAAAGAUGAUCACACUAGCUCGGCAGCGCAUCACAUCGCUGAAGGAGAUGACUUCUUUGGCGAAGACUAUCCCGAAGACGGGAACAAUCCAGAAGCCUCAGACGUACCAUAAAUAGAAGUUCAUGACUUCGAGUAGCGGAGUUUUGUUUCACUUGUAAAGUGCUGUCGAUUUCUAG